CACACACACACACACAGAGAGACACUCAAUGCACCGGUAUAAGUUGCAUGCGUUCAUAACGCUUGUGCGCUCUCGUGGAGAGGUGAUGUCUGGCGCUGCAUCAGCGGAAAGCGCGCCCAAACGCUCCUAACGGGAGUCGCUCAGAUUUUUAGGAAGUCCUCUCUCUAUAUCAUGGUCGUGCAGCCGUGAUCCGUGUGGAUCUGCAGCCGGGCACCAUGUUCACCCGGCAAAGCCCGAGAUUUGCGCUUCUGCCCGUGGUCUGUGCGCAUUUUGUGUCCGUAUUGACGGUCUGCUGCGCCGGGAGUCUCUUUCCAAGAGCUGCCUAUCCGAGUCAACACAGCACACUAAACAUGCUGGAACAUUAUGACAUCAUUGAACCAUGCCUGCUCAUUGGAGGAGAGCAGCGACCAAUUAGUCUCCUGAAGUCACUGGGUCAUCCUGGAUCACUGAAGGUGCUUAUUGAAGUGGACGGAGAACAACUGUUGCUUGCUUUGCAGAAAAAUGAAGGUCUGUUUGCUAGUCACUACACAGAAACGCACUAUCUGGAGGAUGGAAGUGUGGUCACCACCUCACCAAACGUCACGAUUCACUGCUUCUAUCAUGGUGAGGUGGAGGGAUACCUGCGGUCGGACGUCAGCAUCAGCGCCUGCACAGGACUCAGGGGACUGAUUUCACUUGAAGAUAAAGUCUAUGUACUGGAGCCGACACAAGCGGAGAACAUCACCACGCAUCGUAUAUUCAGAGGAGAACACCUUACACUCGCCCAGGGGACGUGCGGACAUGGUCACAACAUUUCAUACCCUGCAGAGUUCUCAAAUACUACAGAAUCUGUCUUCAGUUCUCACAGUAGUCGGCAUAAACGAGAUGCCCAAAGCAGCACCAAGCAUGUGGAGCUGAUCAUUGUUGCGGACAACCGCGAGUAUCAGAAACAAGGGAAAGACAUGGAGAAAGUGAAACAGAGACUCGCUGAAAUAGCUAACUACGUUGACAAGUUUUACAGAUCUCUGAACAUACGUAUAGCGCUAGUGGGGCUGGAAGUUUGGAGUGACAGAGACAAAUGCUCCAUCACUCAGGAUCCGUUCACAUCACUCCACGAGUUCCUAGACUGGAGGAAACUCAAGUUACUCCCGCAGAGACCCCAUGACAACGCUCAGCUGAUUAGCGGAGUGUACUUCCAAGGUACCACUAUUGGCAUGGCUCCCAUCAUGAGCAUGUGCACUGCUGAACAGUCAGGGGGCAUUGUCAUGGAUCACUCUGAUAACCCCCUUGGCGCUGCGGUUACUUUGGCCCAUGAGCUCGGACACAACUUUGGAAUGAACCAUGACACGCCAGAGCGGGGUUGUGGCUGCAGAGCAACUGUGGACAGAGGUGGUUGUAUUAUGACACCUUCAACUGGGUACCCCUUCCCGACGGUGUUCAGUACGUGUAGUAAGAAGGAUCUCGCAGCGAGUUUAGAGAAAGGUGUGGGUAUGUGUUUGUUCAACAUGCCGGAAGUGAAGGUACUCUACGGAGGACAGAAAUGUGGAAACGGAUACGUCGAAGAGGGAGAGCAGUGCGAUUGUGGCGAUCUGGAGGAGUGUCUGAAUCCCUGCUGUAAUGCCACCACAUGCACUCUGAAGGAGGAGGCAGUCUGUGCACAUGGACAAUGUUGUGAAAAUUGUCAGUUGAAGCCUGCAGGUACUUCAUGUCGUGAAUCCAGUAACUCGUGUGACCUGCCGGAGUUUUGCACAGGCGCUGAACCUCACUGCCCUGCUAAUGUUUACCUGCACGACGGACACACCUGUCAGGGUGUCGAUGGACACUGUUAUAACGGCAUCUGCCAAACACAUGAGCAGCAGUGCAUUACUCUCUGGGGACAGGGUGCCAAGCCAGCUCCAGGAAUCUGUUUCGAGAGAGUUAAUUCGGCUGGAGAUCCGUACGGGAAUUGUGGAAAAGAUGCAAAGGGAUUGUUUGCCAAAUGUGAAGCACGAGAUGCUAAAUGUGGGAAGAUCCAGUGUCAGGGCGGAGCCAACCGGCCAGUGAUCGGCACCAACGCCGUCUCCAUAGAAACCAACAUCCCGUUGCAGGAGGGGGGGCGUAUCCUCUGCCGCGGGACUCAUGUGUACCUGGGAGAUGACAUGCCGGAUCCAGGCCUUGUGCUCACUGGCACUAAGUGUGGUGAAAACAUGAUGUGUAUAAACAGACAGUGUCAGAACAUCAGUGUGCUCGGAGUUCAUGAUUGCUCAGCUAAGUGUAGCGGACAUGGGGUUUGUAAUAAUAAUAAGAACUGUCACUGUGAAUUGCUCUGGGCUCCUCCGUUCUGUGAUAAAGCUGGAUUUGGAGGCAGUGUGGACAGCGGCCCAAUGAGACCAACAGACAGUAGCAGUGUAACAGUUGGGAUCCUGGUGGCCUUUCUGUGUCUGUUAUGUGUUGGAAUUAUAGCAUGUAUAAAGAGAAAAACUCUGACCAAUCUGUUCUUCAGCAGCAAGAAGAACACCAUCGAAAAACUAAGGUCUGUGGGACCCAACAGACUGAGCAGUCCAGUUCACACACUUUCAACUGGUCACGCACACUCUGUAUACAGAAUCUCUCCUCAACGCCAGACUACAGCCAUAUCACAAAGUGCCAACAUAUAUAAGCCCCAGUCUCCUCUGCAGACAGUGGAUUCAGUGGUCCGCAGACCGCCUCAGUGCCCACCCGUCCACCUCUCUCACCCGCUGCCGCUGGCACUCAACCUGGCAUUUAUGCCACCUACACCCGCCCGCCCUCACUCAAACUCGUCUCCACCCAGAGCCUCCCCACCAGCACACACACCCUCACGCACUUACGCUCCAGCACCAGGAACUGGUAUCCAUGGCAUGGCCUGUCAGAACGUCUGCAAGGUUGCCAUGAUGUUGGAGAAGCCCAGUCCACCCCAGAAGCCUCUACCUGCUGAUCCAUUGGGUCGGAAUGUCCGGCUAAUGCCGAGUCCGUCCACUGUCCGACUCCCAGCUCCUAUCCCGACACCAGUCACCCCCAGACCCGGCCUUCCUCACCCACAUCCCAGCAGACCUCCCCCUAAACAGCCGCCCACCCUGCCAAAGCCUCACUAUCCAGCCGGAGUGAAGUACAGGAGCUGAGAGCAGGACAGUAGGGAUGUCGUCCCUGGAGACACUCGAUUUUUUGCACUAUGAACCUCUGCAGACCUGCGGACACAUUAAUGUGAGGGGUAACCAUUGACCCCGCUCUAAACGGUGCUAUGAGUCCACACUCAGGUACAUGUCACGCGUUAUUUAUGUUCGUAUUUAUUUCCGUCUGCACAGUGCACUGUGGUCGACACUUUUUUAUUAAUGUAGCAAUCAGUGGUUUGCCCACGUUUACCUGAUUGUCCUUUUGUUGUUGUUGCUAUUGUUGUUGUUUUGACAAUAUUUUUAAAUGAUUCAACUGUGUGUCAGCAGAUCAAAGAGAAAUGUGUUAUCUGUCAAUAUCAACUGCAUUACUUGGACACUCUGUUCAGGCUAAACUGGAUUGAAAAUCAGAUUUAAAUGGAAACAUGAAUUGGGAGUUACACUUUGCAAAUAGAUGUUGUGUUUGAGAUUCAAAUGUUUUACGUUCAAUUAAAUGUUUGCGCGAUUGAUAACAUCAUCACGAAGAUCUCAUAUACUGUAUGAUGUCAUAAUGUAUGGUAUGUUAUAAGGGCUUUUUAAUGUACUAUUAUUUAAUACCUAUUUUUAUUGUAUAUUUUAAACAUACAUGGUUAAACCAGAGUUAGGAUUGUAGCGCUAUAGUUUAGUGAUAUAUAAGGGAUGUUGAAUGAAACCAUCAAUGAACGUGCAGUACAGUUGUGUUCAAAUAAAUAGCAGUGCGUUAAUAAAAGUGAAUAAAGUGCAAAUAUUUUUUAAUAGCUUUUAUUUCCAUAUUUCAAAUGUAGUGGAAACAUUACACAUUCAAUUCCAAAUCAAAGCAUUAACAAAUUUUAUCAAGUCUGCUUUAUUAUUUUACAGGAAGCAAAGAAAAGGAAUAUUAAUCUGUUCAAAAAAUAGCAGUGUCGACAUUUUUCUCUUCAACUCAAUAUUUAGUUGCAUAACCAUUGUUUUUGAUAACUGCUGUGCAUCUGCGUUGCAUCGAGUCAAACAACUUCUGGCACCUAGAAACAGGUAUUUCAUCCCAGGAUGAACGAACUACAUUCCACAGUUCCUGUGAAUUUUGGGGUUUUGCUUCAGAAACUGUAUUUUUAAUGUCACCCCACAAGUUUUCAAUGGGGUUGAGGUCAGGGGAUUGAGCUGGCCACUUCAUUACCUCAAUCCUUUUUGUCUGGAACCAAGAUGUUGCUCGCUUACUCGUGUGUUUGGGGUUGUUGUCUUGUUGAAACACCCAUUUCAGGGGCAUUUCCUCUUCGGCAUAGGGCAACAUAAUCUCUUCAAGUGUUUUGAUGUAUUCAAACUGAUCCAUGAUCCUUGGUAUACGAUAAAUAGCCCCAACACCGUAGUAUGAAAAACAUCCCCAUACCAUGAUAUUUGCGGCACCAUGCUUCACUGUCUUCACAGUGUACUGUGGCUUGAAUUCAGUACCCAGGGGUCGCCUGACGUACUGUCGAUGAUCGCCAAACCCUAAAAGAACCAUUUUACUCUCAUCAGUCCACAGAAUGUUAUGCCAUUUCUCUUUGGGCCAAUUGAAGUGUUCCUUGGCAAAUUUUAACCGAUUCUGCACAUGCUGUUUUUUCAACAGUGGUGCUUUACGGGGGCUUCUUGCUGAUAGCUUAGCUUCGAUCAAACGUCUUCUGACUGUAACAGUACUUACUGGUAAUUUUAGAUUUUAGACUUUAGACUUUCUGGAGGUGAUGAUUGGCUGAAUCUUUGCCAUUCUGACUAUUCUUCGAUCCUUUUUAAUAGUAGUUGCUCCUUUUCUUCCACGUGUUUUGGGUUUUUGUUGCCAUUUUAAAGCAUUUGAGAUCAUUUUAGCUGAGCAUCCUAUAAUUUGCUGCACUUCUUUAUACGCUCUCCCCUCUCCAAUCAACUUUUGAAUCAAAUUACGUUGUUCCUCCGAACAAUGUUUGGAAAGGCCCAUUUUACUUAGCAAUUCAGAAGGAAAUAUAUUUUAUAACAGUGUGUGAAACAUUUGCUUCCCUUCUUCCUUAAUAAAGGACAGUUAAUGACACCUGUUUUUUUCACAGAAUGAAUGAAUUCUCUAAUUAAACUCCACACUGCUAUUAUUUUGAACACGCCCCUUUCAAUGAAUGAGUCAAUUACUCAGAACAAGCAACGUGCAUGUCAUAACAGUUGGGUCUGUUGCUUUUCUAUUACACUACUACAUCUACAAGUACAUUAUUUGCAAUGCAGAAAUAUCACUACUACUAAUAACAGUGGUUCAUCAGGUUCCUGAUGUUGUACUGCAAUUUUUUUUAACACAACUGUAUAUGAAAAUACUCAGUUAUAAGGAUGAAUCUCAAGGCUUGUUUAGGUCAUAUUUGACCCAAACAUUUGGCAUUUUUAGGACUAUUAAAGGGGUAGUUCACCUAAAAUAUUAUAUUCUGUCAUUCCGUAACCCAUAAGACUUUCUUCUUCUGAACACAAAAGAUGUUGGGCAAAUGUUAGUCACCAUUCACUCUUAUCCCAUUUCUUAAUACUCACUGAAAGUGAAUGGUGACUGAUGUUAAGUCAUUUCUGUCAAGUCAUGUAAUUCCGGCUCUCUCGGUUGAUUUCAAAGCUUGUAAGGAAAAUAGACAGUGGCAGUUGUUGUAUUGCAGUCUAGUUCUGUUAAACCUUUCUUAACCACACUUGUUCACAUGGGGUAUUUCUAUCUUCUCUUGGAAACAUAAUGAAAAAAUGACCUGAAAAUAUACAGUUAAAAAGUGGGCCAAACCUAGUCCUGUUUUUACGUACAUGUAGCCGUAUUUCAUUAGACGCACUUUGAAAAAUAGUUCUGGUUGGGAAAUUAAUAACCUUUCAGAUUGUAUUUGUACUCUUAAUAUUUUCUUUUUUAUAUCUGACCAAAAAAUUAUGUUGACACAUAAGAGCAUUAGAGCUUGUUUGUGGCUAAUGAAGAAAAACUAGAUGAAUCCCUCUCCAUCAACAACGAUAUCUCUCAGUAUUCUCAUAAUCCUCUUUGGUCUCGCUCAAACACAUUGUGGUUAGUGGGUUUGUGCGUUUGGAAAGUGACCAUGGGAGAUAUGCCAGUAUAAAAUAAAACAGUGCUUCAGGAAUAGAUCUUCACACAUUUCCUAAAUACUUGAUCAUGGAAAUGCAGAAUUUAAAAAUAGCUGUGGUUUAGUGGAGUAAUUAUAGUCAUGUAUUAGUUAUGCCACUAGGAUCCAAAAUUAGCACUCGCCAGGCACCAAAUGUGAGACUUUAGUAGGAACUGAAACAUUGUAUAUGGUCUAAAUUUGAUUAAGAGUAAUAAAGCUAGUGACCUGGUCUCAUAGAUACGGGUUACUAUGCCUACAUUUUUGCAAAAUGAUUUUUAAAUGGUUCGUUGUAUGUAAUGUGGAAGUGUCCUGUUGAAAUGAACACUAGAUGUGCUACAACAACAACUUCUAUUCACUUCUAUUCACUUUCACACAAAUGACAAGUAAAACGUUGAAUGCCAUUUUGCAAAAAUGUCGCCACAGUCGUGUCAUCAUCAGGAGAUCAGGCUUUAUCUCAGGAUUCACAGAUAAAUUACAAAGAUAAUAAAAACGAAUGCAGUUUCUUGGCUGGUAAAUUUGUCUCAAUUCAACUCAAUUCUAAUCCCUCACACUUGUGUUUGUCGCCACUGAGCCAUUAAUGAUCGCAAACGGAGGUUUUGGCCAUGUAGGCCUGUAUACUGGACACAUUUUUAAGAGCUGUUACUCACAGUGCCAUUAUAUCUCAGUGUUUAAAUUGUAUUCACUGUAUUAGCAAACGUCUUUAAUGUUCAGCUGCCUUUGCACAGUGUUAAACCACACAGUGCAUUACAGAGACUGUUCAAAUCUAGACUCUGACUUGAUUAUAUUAUAAUCACAUGUUUCUAGGUUAACUGCCUUGCUUGUUUUAUGCACAGUUAUCAUUUACUAUAGUCAUGUUGUAUCCGCACUCAUGUAAUGUUUUACAUACGUCUGUGUCACAGGUGUAAACAAGGCUUUUUUAUAUAAAUCUUUUAUUAAUCAAGAAAUGUGAAACAAAAUACUGUACGUUUGAUGUAUGAACACACACAUAACGGGCAGCAUUAGUAAAGUUGAUUAUGAAACUGGUUUGUCAUUGUGUUAUUUAGUCUGAUGUCUGUCUCUGACUCUUCAUUCACCAACAAACUGAUGAUAUGCUGAAACAACAUUAAAAGUAGAAUCAUUGAUCCAAAUACCCCCCCAGUAUUGAGUGAUACAAUCCAU